UUCAACCAAAGUAGUCAGUUCCACCAGAUAAUAAUGGGCUUUAAAAUUAUAACUGGGCGUAAAUAAUGAGCCCAUUAAUCAGAAACGACCGAAAUCUGUUGGUUGGCGAAAUCGAAAAUGAAAUUGGGGGUUUAGAUUAGGGUUCAUCAAUUCAUCAUCAUCAGAUCGAAAUGGGGAGUCUAGUGAAGGCGUAUUACCAGAUGAACCACAACAGCAUCCCCUUUCACCAUUACAACAGUUACAGGCCUUCCAACCUUCAAAACCCUAUCUCCCUCUUCGCCAUCACUUCUCCCUCCUCUGACCCAUCAUCUUCUCUCCCUCCUCCUCACAAACAUCCCCCUCCUCUAUUCGUCGGCGGCGGCGGCCACUUCAUCAUCCCCACCAUCGCCGUCGCUGCUUCCGCCUGGUUCUUCUUCCGUCUCCACCAAUACCCUCCUAUCAUCACCGCCCCUCUUGAUCUCCACCUCGAUUUGCUGGAAGAAGGUGCUGUCAAAGAGCUUCCUUUGGAGAGCAAGCCUCGUUAUGUUCAAGCUCUUCACUUUUACAAAAUCCAGCCAGGUACGGUCUUCAAACUCUUAGACGUUUUCGACUCCGAUAGCUACGACUCCUUGAAAGCCCGGAUUCGUUUAUCCGCCGAGUGGUUAGAAACUGCCAGGAGAGAGUUGGAGGAGGUUGUGGAGAGAGACCCCGGUCGGGUCAUGGAGUAUUCUCAGGUGGUUGAUGAGCUCAUGGAGAUUCUCAGGGAUAUGGAAGUUUACAUUGAUAAAUGCCAAAAGGACAACGUUAAGGGUUACCUCAGAUCCUGCAACCGAUUGCUUGCUCGUGUCAGGAGAAUGGAAGCUCAGAUUCUCAAUGUUCUCAAAGAGUUCCACCAAGGAGGAGGAGGACAUACUUUUUAGGGCUUGUCAUUAUCUACUUACCAAAGUUCAUUAUGUUUUGGUUCUAUCUCUAUCUCUAGGAUGGUAAAUAGAUGGUAAACUGACUCUCCACUCUUUCUUUAUGUUUUGAAACAUCAACAAUUGUUACAUUGUCUGUGUCCUAAGACCGUGAAUAGGGGGAGGGCUUAAUUAUUAUGAUAUAAAAGAUUCCCAACUGAUGAUGAUGAUUC